AUGGUCAUGACCUGGAACGCUGAAUCUGACGCCAGGCUCUUCCUCGGCGUCCUGAACCAACUCCGCGACGCAAAGCUCAAGCUCGAUAACCAGAAGCUCGCUGAGUUCAUGGGUCCGGACUGUCUCCCAGGCGCCAUAGUCAACCGCAUCGCCCGACUCAGACGCAUGGCCGAGGCAGAAGGCGGCGGCAGCGCGAACGCCGACGGAGAUGUCGCUGACAACGGCGACGCCGAAACCACGCCGCAGGUCUCGCCGCAGAAACGCAAGGGGGGCCGGAAGCCUCGAGCCGCGGUCGCCGCCAUAGCUGCUUUGAAUGACGCGGCUGAUGCUACUGGCGACAUCGACACUGCCGGAAGAGCAGGACCCGACAGCUCGCCUCAGGUCUCGCCGCAGAAGCGCAAGACAGGCCCGAAGCCUGGAGGCUCGGCUGCGCCCAGGGGCAAGAAGGUUAAGGCGGUGGAGGCGGAGACUGGAGCUGAAGCUGAGGUUGCUGUGAAGCGUGAGGAGGAUCAUGAUAUGCACGAGGCUGGAGAUCGUGAGGAUGAUCAGGUCAUGCAGGAGCCUGAGAAUCGUGAGGGUGCUGUGAAGUGGGAGGAGGAUCAGGCCAUGCAGGAGUCUGAGAGUGAUGAGGUUGCUUAG